AUGCCUGCAGCAAAGAAGCUCACGCAGUCGCAGAAGGAGAUAUUGGCGUUAUACCGGAAAGGGCUUCGGAUGAUCAAGACCAAGGAGCAGGAACACCGACGAGACUUUACCAUCUACUUGCGUUACUUCUUCAAGCAUCCGUCCUGGGGAGGUGGUCUUCGCAGAAGAGAUUUCUCUCAGAUCGAAUACAUGCAACGCAAGACGUCCAGGCUGCUCGACACCACCUUUGCGCCCAAAUCCGUCAAGCACAUCAACCUUCCAAAGGACAUUGAAGCAGACAUGCAGGAGUUCGGGCUGGCGCAUUGGCGGCGGGCCUUCCGCGACGCUAGCUCGGCUUCUUCCACGACAUCUACAGCACCAAUACCCUCACCCUCAUCCAAUUCAACGUGA